GUGGUGUGAUGUGAAUUUUCCUGGUACAACUUGUCCAGGAGGAACGAGUCCGUACGUAAUGUGUUAUAAGGACGUUAGGUAGUUUGUGGUGACCCUGCAUGUGCCAGCCCCUGCCACAGUCCCACCUGCAGCCGAGCCACCCCUCCAUCCACCAUGGAUCCUGACCAGCAAACCAGCCCUCCUCCCCAGCCCAGUGCAGAAUACUUCCAAUGGGACUAUCGCCUCCAGCUUAUGGGCCUGGGAUUUGGCUUCUAUACAGCAAUAUUCCUCCUCUCUCACCUCCUGUCUGUGGCUCUGUCCCGCACCUACAACUCCCUACUAGCUAAGGAGAAAGUUUUCUGGGACCUCGCAGCCACCCGGGCAGUAUUUGGCAUCCAGAGUACUGUAGCUGGUCUCCGGGCUCUGACUGAGGACUCUUUGUUAACCAGAGACAGAGUGACUGGCCAAGAAGACUGGUCUUGGUUUAAUGUCCUCACAGCCACGGGUUUCUUUUUGUUUGAAAAUGUAGCACUUCACGCCUCCAGUGUGGUAUUUUGGUCAUUUGACCUCCCACUGGCGAUGCACCACUUCUUCGCCCUGUCAGGAUACGCAGGGGCGGUGGUGUGGGACUCCCUGGGCCACUUCCUGCCGAUGGUAACACUGCUGCUGGAGAUGAGCACACCAUUUACCUGCAUAUCCUGGAUGUUACUGAAGGCCGGCUGGGCACAUACCCUUAUCUGGAGAGCCAACCAGUGGGUGAUGAUCCAUAUGUUCCACUGUCGCAUGGUGCUCACCUACUACAUGUGGUGGGUAACCUUGACCCACUGGGAAGAGAUCAGCACCCACGUGGCCCUGCCCCAACGCCUGCUCUUCUUCACUGGCCUCUCUCUCCUCACGCUUAUCAUCAACCCCAUCUGGACGCACAAGAAGACCAUGCAGCUGCUCAAACCUGUGGACUGGAACUUUGGCAACAAGCCGGCUACCCUCAACUGUGCCGCGGAGGGCCAGUCUGGGGUUUCUGUUAAACCUCACGCCAGCUGAGGGGUACCAAGGAGGUCAUUUCUAACUGAUGCCACAAUUUUUUUUACUUGUUUUUUCUUUUGUAUGGAUGCGUGAAGUGACUUUUAGUGUGAUGAUAGUAGGAUGGAUAUUUUAGAUUAAUUCUGUUAGAUUAGGACUUUUUUACGCAUUAGGACCCUAAAUCCGCAUUCUGCUACCACCUAGAUAAAUGUUGCUACAUUGCCUUCCAUCAGGCUUUAUUUUCAGACAGUUUUCAUGUAGGUUUGUUUUUGAUUAUCUCAAGGAAAGAAUAUUUAUUUUCCAUCUGGUUACCUCUUAUUAGGUAGGUGUGGUUGUGUAGGGCAGUGGAAUGGUGCCCUGUUUGUUUGUGUCAUCUUCAGGACACUGUGUUGUAAAAUAUCAACUCUAUCAGUCAUAUGAUUGAUUUAGUUACAGUAGGAAAAAUAUAUGAUAGCAAAUCUUGCUAGAGCCAUUCAAAAGAACAAACUUUCAAAUUAAAAUCUUGUUUAUUAAAAGGAAAAAUCAGCAUAUAGAGUUAAUUGCUUUGACUUCUUUUAUCAAGUUGGAAGCAAUAAUGCAAUGUAAAGGAAAUGUAAAAGUUGCAUGAUUUUUUUGAAGCUGCUGUACACUUAUAUUAUUUAAAGAUUUACAUCCUGUCAUGUUUGAGGAGGUAUUGCACUGUAAAUCUCUGUUGGCCCACAGCUGCUUCUGGUUUUUGCUAUUGAUAGUGAAGUAAAGUUCCUCUGUCAGGUAAAAUAAUACUAGUAGCAACAUGUCGUGUGCUUGGGAAUGCAAUAUAAGGCAGACAGGACCAAUUAAGCUCUUUAUCAGUAGUCAUCAACCAACUAGGUGGUAAAGUCACGUCAGGAAUGUGGCCUUUGUUGUCCGUAGCGCCAAUGGUUCUUUUACAACAGACAUAGCACUGAUAGAGCAGCAUAGGCAAGAAAAUUGAGUUACGUUGGAGCUAUUAGAUACGAAGUGGAUAAUUACAUCAGUGAAAUCAUGAGUCACACUGGUGUUUUUUUUUUUGACUGAUCCCGUUUCAGCAGAGAGAGGACUGUUUAUCGAGGUCAUGAAAGAGAAGGCCCUUAACUGAACCUUCUGUCACUGGGGGAAGAAGGCUCAGGACUCCACAAAGGCUCUGUUGUCCAAAAUGGAGAUGUAAUGUGGCAAAAGUGAAGCAGAAUUGAUACCAAAUAACCAAGCAACAUUUUGAUCAUACUCGUUUUUGGUGUCAUGGGUGAAAUGUAUUUAAAUUUGAGAUGCUUUAAUAAAGUAGAUUAUUAUUUCUACUUAACCCACAUCAGUAUUUCUGUAAGAUUUUUGUGUAUUUUUUUUUCUACACAAUGGCUUCAUUGUAAGGGAAGUCUUGGCUUUGAGUGUCGGGUUUGUCUGUUGUCAGAUAUCUGGCACAGGGACUUUUUGUUCAAUUGUCACUGCAAAUGCUGCAACCUUUCAGAUCCUUUACCAUCUCUCACAUUCCUCAGUGUGGUGGCUGUAACAGCAUUGCUACCGUAGAUCAUAUCUAAAUAUGGUAAUAAACUCUAGAUUUGUAG